ACAGUUGUAUUCGGCAGCAGCUGAAUGAAGUAGACGGGAGGAAGUGGCGGUUAAUGCAGCUCCACACCUUUCCGGUGUAGCAGCACUGCGACCAGCUCGACUUAAAGGAGAAAGACGAGAGCUGUGUGUAUUUAUGAAGGCAGGAGGGGGAGAUAGGAGGCGGACAAGAAGUGGAGUUUUAUGAGUGGAUACAUGUGUUGCUGAGUCACCGAAGAUUUUUUCGAAGACAACUCCUUCAGCACGGUGAAGUUACCCGGCGUGAGGUUUUAAUGGAAGAGCCGCAGAGAGCAGCUUUUCUCCGGUAGUACUGAACAGAACAAGGGCGCACCCGGUGAGGAGGACUGCCAGACACAAACCCCACACGGAAUUCACAAGUACCGCGGCUUUUCUGGCCCUUAAACAAUAAACGGUGGCUGUCCGUUUCAGAUUUUAAUUGUCACGCCCUGUUUUUCCUCAUUUCGAUUUGGACACGACAAUGAACGACCUGCAACACCCGCUGCCAAGUUCUUAGACUAAUCGUGCCAUGUUGUAUAAAGGCCUUGCAAACAUUGUGAUACUUUGAACAUCAAUGUCCCUGCACCUCACUGGAUCCUGACGCUGAAGUCGGACACUCGAAGUACUGUUUUUCACCAAAUUUAACAUGAUCCUGCGUUUUUGACCAUUUCUCACCUGUGCUCGUACUUGAGUUAUGAUUUCGCAACAAAGCUCAUAAUAAAUUUGAAGCUAACAUCAAAGUGAAUAACCAUUGCAGACAGAGCUGUCGGACAUUUUUCUUGUUAGGAGCGAAGUAUUUAUGCACAAAAGUUCAAAAUGGGGAAAAUGCUCUCAAAAAUAUUUGGCAACAAGGAGAUGAGAAUAUUAAUGCUUGGACUUGACGCUGCUGGUAAGACAACAAUUCUUUACAAACUGAAACUUGGACAGUCUGUCACCACUAUCCCCACAGUCGGAUUCAAUGUGGAGACUGUCACCUACAAAAAUGUUAAGUUCAACGUUUGGGACGUCGGAGGCCAGGACAAGAUUCGUCCUCUGUGGCGACACUACUACACAGGCACCCAAGGGUUAAUUUUCGUGGUGGAUUGCGCGGACAGGGAUCGCAUCGAUGAGGCAAGGCAGGAACUUCACCGCAUCAUUAAUGACCGGGAGAUGAGGGAUGCCAUCAUCUUGAUAUUCGCCAAUAAGCAAGACCUUCCGGAUGCCAUGAAGCCUCAUGAAAUCCAAGAGAAGCUCGGAUUGACCCGGAUCAGAGAUAGGAAUUGGUAUGUUCAGCCCUCCUGUGCGACCACAGGUGAUGGACUGUAUGAGGGCUUGACAUGGCUAACCUCAAAUUACAAAUCUUAAUGAUUGAGUGCUGACUGUUUUAGGUCAAAACUAUAUUAAAGUUGCAAGUAACAAAUAACUUCUCAAAUGAGUAUGGUUAAGAAAAAAGUUGAUUAUCACCCAUUUAUUUUUAAUACUAUGUUUACCCCAUGACUAAUUUAUCUUUAACUGGGUUUGCUGGCUUAAAGUUUGCUUGUACUCUGUAGCAAGCCAAUAUCACAUUCAUUACUAUGGGCCUUGCUUGAUGAAUACUGAAUUAAUUGGUCCUAGUGUUAAAGCCACAGAGAUCACCGCCUUUGCCUAUUCUUUCUCCUGUUUUAUAUAAUUUUUCUAAUGCAGCUGGAGUUUUUGAUCUUCAUCCUUUGGACUAAAGCUUGUUUCCAGGUUCUUCAGUCUCUGUUGCAUUGAACUUGGGUGUUAUUUUUCUUCAAAGGUGAGACCGUUAGUGUCACGUAGCCCACUGGGAAAGACUGACAUUUGUUUCUACACAGUACUGUGAUGGAAAAGUAUUUCUUCUCAACUGUAUUGACUGCUUCAAGGGGGAAAAAAAGAAAUUUUCACCGUUGCUUACAUUUCAUUGCCAUCAGUCUUGACAUCAAAGAAAAAAAAAAAGACUUCUGGUAUGUUUUGUUACCCCUCACAAUCCCCUUAUGUGGGCUAUAUAGUUAACUGAUUGACCUUUUGUGUCAUGUCUUGAUACCUAAUUGUGCUGAAUAUUCAACAAAUAGGCCUCCAGUAACUCUUACACAUGCUUGUUGGGAUGCAUUUUUAAUUUUGGGUAACAUGUAGUCAGUCAACUCAAUCUUUCCAAAGGAAUGUCAUUCAGCUCUGAGCACUCUCAAUCUGAUACCACAGUUGAUUAGUCUCAGUAUUGGGACAUUAUAUGAUAGCCUAUAUCUGUAGCAUGAGUACGGAAGUACAGUAACCCUACAUCAGAAUCCAUCUGUUGUGCAGUCAGAGGAAGCUGCUUAUUGGUGAAAUGUUGAAGACACCUUGUGGUGCAGCUCUUACUCCUACUUUGACUGGGGGAACCAUGUACAGAACAAUGUCAUUGUAAUGUCUUAUUAAAAAAGUGAUUUUAAAUGUU